AUGGCGAAGCGGAUGCGGUUGGGGAUGGCUGGAGGAGCUGCGGCACUGGGGUGGGUGGUGGCUCUGCUGUUCGUCAUGCGCACGGGAAGAGGAAGAAUCGUCGCAGUGGCUCCCACGAACGAGAACCUUGGGAGCAGACUGAUCCAUAUGGAGGGGAGGCUACUUUCGGACAUGGUAGAUUCCACAAGGAAAGUUGUUACCCAGCUGGAACGGGAGGAGAAGAAGCCCAAGGCUGUCAACGCUCAUAACUCUGAGUUCAUGCCCUCCAUGUCACAAAUCUUGCAUGAUCGGAAGAAGAUCCAGAACAAAAAUCUUCGUGAAGAGGAGGAAUACCACCGUCUACAAAAGUCCCGUGCUGAUGAUUGCGAUGGCAUGUCAGUUGAGGAUUGCUCGGUGCAUUUGGAUGCGGAGGCGUUGAAUCAUUUGCUGAAGAGAGGAUUGAAGGCCAACAAAGUAGCUUUGAUGCAGAAGUUGUCCUCAACUUCAUCACAGGCUAAAGCAAAAUCUCUCGCAGACAUGGAAAAUCAAGAAGUAUAUUUGGAGAAAGUGAACAGACUUGAGAGGAAGAUCAAUCACCUUCUUCGUUCGAACAACAAGCUGAACACACAGAACGAGAUUCUCCAGCACAACAAGCUUCAGAACAACCGUCAGCUCACGUCCAAGCAGUCACUGUCUGCUCAGGUUGUGGACGAAAGCCAGCAAGGGAAUCCCCCGGGGAUCAAGGAAGAGGUUCCAGCAACCGUGACCUCGCCCCUCCCAGGACCAAGAGACUUCAAUGGUGCCACUGCCAUCCCUGCCAGACUGCCCGUGAGCUCCUUCGGACCCUCGCUGCUUGACACCAACGGAGUGGAGGAGAGGGGGACUAUCACAGUGCGCAAGUCGAGCCCAUAUGGAGGGAUCAUGCUGCGAGUUUGGGGGAAGAUGAAUCAUCAUCUCAAGUGUGAGCUCAAGGCUUACAGGAAGCUUGAGAAGGAGUUUGUAGGGAAUACCAUAUACACCGGAUAUCACAAGCAAUGGCAUGGCAGAACAACGCUCGUUACGGGGAUCAUUCCUCCUGGAACCUCCAGUGAAUUUGACAUCUUGACGUGCCGGGACCUCAACACUGGCGAAGUGCAACAUUUCCGAACUUUCCCCAAUCCUCCUCCGACCUUUUUCGAUGAAGUUACCCGAGCCGAUUGAGAUGCUGUUACGAUACCGUGAAUAUUCUUUGUACAAAAGUAAUAGAAUGAAUACAGAAAAUCCUG